CUUUUUCUAGACUCUUCCACACCUGCGAACUCCAGGAGCCAUGGGGAGGCAGAAGGAAGUGCUGUCAGUCAUUGGAUCGAGGCUGCGGAUCAGAAAUAAGUUGCUCCGGCAGGCCCUGGCUGAAUGCCUGGGCACCCUGAUCUUGGUGAUGUUCGGCUGUGGUUCGGUGGCCCAACUCGUGCUCAGCAGAGGGACUCACGCCCGCUUCCUGACAGUCAACUUGGCCUUCGGGUUUGCCGUGACGCUUGGAAUUCUGAUUGCUGGACAAAUCUCAGGUGGUCAUUUGAACCCGGCGGUCACUUUUGCGAUGUGCUUCAUGGCUCGGGAACCUUGGAUCAAACUUCCGGUUUACGCCCUCGCGCAAACCAUUGGAGCAUUUCUCGGAGCGGGCAUCGUGUUCGGCUUAUAUUUUGAUGCCAUCUGGGCAUUCGGUGAAAACCAACUCUUCGUAGUGGGCCCCAACGGGACAGCGGGCAUCUUUGCCACCUAUCCUUCGGAACACUUGAAUUCCGUCAAUGGGUUUUUUGACCAGUUCAUUGGCACUGCGGCGUUGAUCGUUUGCGUCCUGGCCAUUGUGGACCCGUUCAACAACCCUGUGCCUAGAGGUCUGGAGGCCUUCACAGUUGGCUUCGUCAUCCUGGUCAUUGGGACCUCCAUGGGUUUCAAUUCCGGUUAUGCCGUCAACCCGGCCCGAGACUUUGGCCCCCGUCUCUUCACCGCCAUUGCUGGCUGGGGUACCGAAGUUUUCACGACUUCUGGACACUGGUGGUGGAUCCCUAUUGUUGCUCCCUUCCUGGGUGCCAUCGCAGGUGUUUUGGUCUACCAGCUGAUGAUAGGUUGCCAUGAUGAACCCCCUCCCGAAUCCAACGAUGAGGAGAGCGUCAAGCUGUCCAAUGUGAAGCAGAGGGACAACGUCUGAAGCUACGCGCUUGCUCCCUGGACAAUUUUUUUUUAAAAAAAUAUAUGAUAAAAAUUUAAAAAAAACUGAAAAGAACCAAAGAAGAAAGUCAAAUGUUCACCCAAUAGGAUUUUGGAGUCUUCUUCAUGCUUACUUCUUUGUCUACCCUUGAUGUGUGUUUUUUGUUGUUGUUGUUAAGGCAGCUUUCUCCCAUCAGGUUACCUUCAGGUGUUUUGGAACUAGAAUUCCCAGGUUCCUCUUUCAACAUGCUAGCUGGGAAGGAUGGGGAUUGGAGGCCCAUCCAAUCUGGAGGUCACCAGGUGGAGGGAACUGCAGGGGAAUGUCCAUGUCUACCUUUGUUAAGGCAGCUUUCUCCCACUCAAGUUCUUUCUGGAACUAGAAUUCCCAGUUCCUUUUUGAUCAUGUUGGAAAAUGGGAAUUGCAGAUUUGGAGGUUAUCUGGAGUUUGCCUGUGAAUGUUGAUGUUUCUAUUAAGGUAGCUUUCUCCCAUCAAGUUCCCUUCAGAUGUUUCAGAACUAGAAUUUCCCAGGUUUCUCUUGGAGCUGACCAUGUUGGCUGGGAAGAAUGAGAAUUGCAAUCCCAGCAGACCUGGAGAUCACCAGGUGGAGGAAACUGCCUGUGAAUAUGCAUAUAUCUUGUUGGGGGAUUAUGAUCUAUCUUGGCUUGUUUUGAAGGACCCACCUGACCAAUAGUUCUGCUUCCAGGUGGGAUAUUUUGGCUACUUGGGGGCUCCUCUUUUACUAUGUCAUUCCUAACAAGUUUGCUCUUUUGGUCUUCUCUGUUGCUUCUGCUUCUUUUGGCAUGAGAUGGGUUUGGAAGGUAUGGGUUCAUCUUUGUAAAUACAUUUGGGGCUGCGGUUUGAGAGAAGGAUGGGG